AUGUUUCCCCAUGUCCAUUUGCCUGUUGGUUUUAAAACUCCAAAGUUUGAGAAAUACGAUGGUCACGGAGACCCCAUAGCUCAUUUGAAGAGAUAUUGCAAUCAACUGAGGGGUGCAGAGGGCAAAGAAGAGUUGCUUAUGGCCUAUUUUGGGGAAAGCCUAGUGGGAAUUGCAUCCGAAUGGUUCAUAGACCAGGAUAUUGCCAACUGGCAUACAUGGGAUGAUUUGGCUCGAUGUUUUGUGCAACAAUUCCAAUACAAUAUUGACAUUGUGCCAGACCGCUCCUCAUUAGCUAACACAAGGAAAAAGACCACGGAAAAUUUUCGCGAAUAUGCCGUUAGAUGGAGGGAGCAAGCUGCUAGGAUUAAACCAUCAAUGAAGGAAUCGGAGAUGAUUGACAUUUUUCUUCAAGCGCAAGAACCUGAUUACUUUCACUACUUGCUUUCUGCCGUCGGGAAGACAUUCGCUGAAGUUAUUAAGGUUGGGGAAAUGGUGGAAAAUGGCAUCAAGUCUGGAAAGAUUGUAAGCCAAGCUGCCUUAAAAGCCACAACACAAGCGCUUCAAAAUGGUUCUGGAAAUAUUGGAGGGAAGAAGAGAAGGGAAGAUGUAGCUACGGUUGUAUCAGCACCUCGGACCUAUGUCCAAGAUAAUCCCCCGCAACACUAUUUUCCUCCCCAAGCUCCACCAUAUCCCAUCCCAUACUCUCCAUAUCCCGUUUUCAGCGCACAACCAAUUGUCCCCCUUCUUAUCCGCAAUGGGCACAACAUAGAGAGGUGUUGGUACUUGAAAAAGGCGAUUCAAGAUUUGAUCGAUACUCAUCGAAUUAUCGUUGAAAACCCAAAUGGACCAAACAUCAACCAAAAUCCACUACCCAGGCAUACUGAAACAAACAUGUUAGAAAUGAUGAACGGUUGCGAAGAAGUUGCAGUCCCAUACAAGCCAAUCCUUAAAGUUGGAACUGGCAUGGAAAAUUCGACGAAAGUUGUUGACUUGACAAAAACGGUGCCUUCAGGGGCAGAAAAAACGUCGAAAAAGUUAAGCCCAUCAAACACACCCAUCCUAACUGUGAAGGGAGCACUUGAAAAUGUUUGGGCAAGUCAGAGAGAGGCAAGAUUGGUUGUUCCAAGAGGGCUGGACAAUCCUAUCUUGAUCGUGCAAGGAGCCUAUACUCCACCUGUGAUCAUUAGGCCAGUGUCCCAGCUUCCAAUGACUAACCCCAAGGCUGUCCCUUGGAAUUAUGAGUCUACCGUCGUGACAUACAAGGGGAAAGAAAUUAAUGAAGAAGUAGAUGAAAUAGGAGGAAUGACUCGUUCGGGAAGAUGUUAUGCCCCGAUUGAAUUAAGGAAAAAUAAAAAUGACCAAAUGCAAGUUAAAAGUCCAGUCACUGAAGGGGAAGCAGAGGAGUUCUUAAGAAAGAUGAAAUUGUCAGACUACUCCAUUGUGGAACAGUUAAGGAAAACUCCAGCCCAAAUCUCUUUGUUGUCAUUGUUAAUACAUUCAGAUGAACAUCGUAAAGCUGUAAUGAAGAUUCUGAAUGAAGCACAUGUUCCAAUGAAGUUACAGGCUUUUGAUGGGACCAAAACAGAUGCUAUUGGGGAGAUAGAGCUCAUACUAAAAAUAGGGCCUGUCGAUUUCACCGUGAAUUUUCAAGUGCUGAAUAUCAAUGCAUCCUACAAUCUAUUGUUGGGAAGACCAUGGGUGCAUAGAGCUGGGGCAGUCCCAUCUACGUUGCAUCAAAUGAUUAAGUUUGAAUACGACCGACAAGAAGUGAUUGUUCAUGGUGAGGGGGAUCUGUCAGUCUACAAAGACUCUUCCCUCCCUUUUAUCAAGGCAAAUAAUGAUAAUGGGCAUUGGUUUAUCAAGCUUUUGAGGUAG